GAAAAGAAGACUUUAGCCUAAAAACCCAGAACUCCUUUUCACCCCAAACAGAAAAAAAGCCCAGAACUCAAAAGACUGCCCUCGCCUCCAGAUUCAAACUUCAAAGUCCAAUAAAACGUCUGAAAAGAAACAAAGCGAGGGGAAGUAAUUCAAAAGAAAAGAAAAAGGGGUGCUUUACAUAAACUUGAUUGCCGCCACAGCACCGCCUAGUGCAGGAGGACGCCGGUUGGCAAUGGCCAGCGAAGUUGUGCAGGAUAACAGUGGCGGCGAUGAGAGGCCGCAAAUUAGCAACUCAGCAGCAGCCAACGUGGGGGAGGAGGUAGAGGAGCUGAAACUUCUCCAAGACGCCGUUUACGCUCUUCCCACUUACGCGGUCAAAGAUUUCUUCUCACUCGGGGCAUGUGCUCGGUGCAUUUUUCGAUUGUUUGGUCUUUGUCAAAAGAUUUCUUCUUUCCCUUCACUGCCAACAGCAACUAUGAAUGCCAUGCUUGAAAAAAAUGUAUUGGGGCGGGACAGAGAUGAUAACUGCAGUGGCUCUGCAGAACGCAAGGACUCGGGUAGUCAGCAGCUAUCUUCUCAAACAUUUGUCUUGGAGCAUGCAGUCUGUAGAAUCUGUUUAGGCAUAUUGGACUAUGUAUAUCAUGAUGAAAAAGAAAUAUUGGUGAAGAAGGAUUCUGCUUAUGAGUUUGCUAGAAUUGUUGCUGAAUCUGUCAAGCAAGAGCAUCCUCAGAUUGACAGCUUUUCUCUUGAAGUUUCAUUGCCGCCUGUGGUCAUGGAUAAUGAACAAGUUGUCAGGUCCUUUAUGAGAAAGAAGUAUGGCUCUGAACAUUGGUUCCUGCAAAAAACUCUGACUGACUGUAUUUCUAUAAAGGAUGCCUUGAAAUUGUCAAUACUGGAUACCCUAGAAAAAUUGCUGGGUACAAAAUCAAAUCUAAGCACAUUUCGCAUACGAUUGACAUAUGAAACUUCUGAAGAGUCAAGAAGAAAACCUGACAAUGAGGAGAUCGAUGGAUGCAAAAGGAGAAAAACAAAUAUGCUAUAUACUGCUGAUGAAAAACAAGCAUCUGAGACAUCUGGCUCAAAAAAUUUUGCUGAACAUGAAAACAAACAAUAUGAGUGCACAGAGGGCUUUGCAAAGGAUUUGGAAGGUCAUGGAAGCGAUUACCUAAAAUUUCAGCUCGAGAAGGAGAGUCAGCCCUUUGGUUUGGUAUUUCUUUGUUAUAGAUGUCCAAUCUACAUUGGUGGGAGAUACCUUAAGUACUCAAGAAAUGUCAGCCAGACUUGCUGGAUGAUUGAGGACGAAAGAAUGGGGGAAGCAUCAGUAGAGGAAAUAAUAGGUGGCAGCAUCCUUCCUCUCUGCCAAGGUGAUGGUUACAAGUUUCAUGCUGCUGGUAGAGAGGAUAUAGAUGUCAGGAUGUUGGGCACAGGUCGCCCUUUCCUGGUUGAGGUACAAAAUGCCCAUCAAGUUCCUUCUGAAGAACUUAUUAAAGAGAUGGAAAUGAAAAUAAAUAGCCAGGAAAAUAAACUGGUUGGGGUUAAGAAUCUCAAGAUUUUAGACAACAAAGGGUGGGCACUGAUGCGCGAAGGAGAAGCUGAGAAACAGAAGCAGUAUGCUGCUCUUGUCUGGAUUUCUCGCCCUUUUAAUGAUGAUGACUCGAAGACUCUAUCUUCACUUCAAGAGAUGCAAAUUUUACAGAAAACACCAAUAAGGGUUCUGCAUCGUCGAAGUCCUUUGGAGCGUGAAAAAGUUAUACAUUGGAUGAAAGUAGAGAAAAUAGCUGGAAGCUGUCAGUAUUUUCUCUUGCAUCUAUGUACACAGGACAGGCUGGUACAUAUAUUAAGGAGUUUGUGCAUGGGGAUCUUGGAAGAACACACCCCAGUAUUGGUUCCAUACUUGGGUGCAGAGCGGAGAUACUGCAACUUGAUGUAACAGACGUGAAAAUGGACUGCUUCUAGGAUGAAUGAGUUGAUUAAGGAUUCCGUGGGACAGCUCCUUGUUCAUCUUGCAAGAAAAUGUUUUCUGGAGUUGAUGGUUCCGUCAUUUCCAUGUCCAGUUCUGGUUUCCUUUAGCCCUAAUGCCCGGGUGAUUAUGCGGUUAGGAUGGGUUUGUUUUGCCGGCACAUCAUGACAGGCUUCUGCUCAAUUUUUUGCAGUCCUAAAAAUCAAGCACAAGUUAGAGGAAUUCAUGAUGACCGGAGUCGCUGUAUAAAAUCACUAACAACUUGGAACAUAUAAACACCUGUAUCAAAUAAAGCGAGAGCAGGAGGUUUUAUGGUGAGCAGAGCUUUCUUGAAAUGGGUGACAGUUGGGACGCUAGAAAACAGGUCAAUCCUUGGAUUUCAGUGGAGGAUAUCUGUAGAUUCUGCACGAUAAGAUGCCAGAGGAGCAAUGUUGGCUUGUAUUUUGUUCUCUGUACUGCGGUAGUUUAAUUGUUGUAAAAGAAUUGAUAGUUGAAGCAGGGCGGUAUGCAAAGGUAAACAAGAUAAAUUUCCAAGUGGAGAGUAUGAUAAUUUAUGGUUUUCUUUCCUGAAAAUCGACAUAAACAUGGAUUAUUGACACUGUACAAUUUGAAAAGAGACGUCUGUAUUCAUCAUUUUCUCGAGUAUACGAGUCUAUCAGCCGGCAGAGUAAUAACUGUGGAAGCAUUGAAGUAGUGGGCUACCCCAAAUGCAAAGGAUGUGAAGGCUCCCAACAUCUGUGGGAUGGCUGCCUGAAGACUUGCUAGGAAGUUCCGUGCUGUGAUGAAACAGGGUCUAUCUUUCCAAGCUAAUGGGUGGUGGAUGUAUUUCCUGCCUUUUGGGUUCUCACGUCCAUAGUCUAUGGAAAGCGGGCGCAUUGG